ACACGGAAGUCUUUCCCACGUGAAGGAUGUUUGAAUUAUUUUGGUCCAUGGAUUCCGACAGAAAGCACAGAGUUUCACAUUAAGUUAAAGCUUAUUUAGAGCUCUAUGCAGUGUGCGCUGGAGUUUAGCUGUGUGACAGUUUGCUGACAUUAUGCCAACGACCACCAGGAAGAAGCAGAAGCAGGGGAGGGACACAGCGGUGCAGGGAACCAACGACAGCAGCGUGGUGAGCAAGGUGUCUGCUGCAGCGCAGGGCUACUUCCACGACAACUUCCUCCAGCACUUUGUGUGCAAAGUGGCCCGGAGAGCCCCGCUCAUCAACAGGGGCUACUAUGUGCGCUGGAGAGCUGUGGACCACUGUGUGAGGAGGUUUUUACAGGUUACUGAAAACUGCCCCAAGAGACAGAUCUUGUCUUUGGGCGCAGGUUUCGACUCUUUGUAUUUUCGCCUACAUGCAGAUGAAGCUCUUUUCAGGGCUGUUGUGUUUGAGGUGGAUUUCCCAGACGUCACCCGGCGUAAGACUGCCCUGAUCGAUUCAGAUAUGACACUGAGGCGGAUGUUAGACUCAGAUUUACCUCCUCCUACAGGACCUGUGUAUGUGUGUAGUGGUCAGUACCGUCUGUUAGGGUUGGAUAUUAGAGAGGAGUCCCAGGUGGUAGAAGCUCUGGAUGCAGCUGGGUUGGACUGGGCUGCCCCGACUCUAAUUCUGUCUGAAGUGGUGCUCACCUACAUGGAAACACAAAGGUCUGAUGUUGUCAUCAGUUGGGCAGCAAAGCUCCUGCCUCAGUCGCUCUUUGUGAUGUAUGAGCAGAUCCAUCCACACGAUCCCUUUGGUCGGAUCAUGCAAGAUCAUUUCCUGAAACUAAAUUCAACCCUGCACGCCCUCCGACAGUACCCAGACACAGCUGCACAGAGACGCAGGUUCCUGGACAAGGGCUGGGAGCAGUGUGUGUGUCUGGAUAUGAAUGACUUCUACCUGGGGCUGGUCCCUGAGGGUGAGAGGUGCAGGGUGGAGAUCCUGGAGCCUUUUGAUGAAUAUGAGGAGUGGCACCAAAAAUGUUCCCACUACUUCAUCCUCACUGCAUGUCGGGGCUCUUUAAUGGCUCAGGCUGUACUCACACAUCCUCCAGUAUCGCCUGUGCCAUCCAUAAGCCCAUCUCGGAGCCCUGUAGCUCUGAGUGUUAAGACCGUCCCAGUUUGUCUGGAGGGGCUGGGGAUGGCUUCCACUUCGGUGAGCUCAGGACAGGUCCUGCUAACAGGAGGCUCCAGCAGAGGAGGCAGGGGGGCAGUAACGAGAGUCCUCCUCAGAGGCCGGGAAGGCUGGAGAUCUGUCAGUGUGGAACCAUCGGUGGAUUUGGGUGUCCGACUCUACCACACCGUUACACCUCUUCCUGGAGGAGGUAUUGUGGUGUACGGAGGUCGCUCCUCUCCUCUCAACCCAAUCAGAAGCCUUUUCAAAGUAACUCUGGAACCCUGUGGUCCACCUGGUCCUCUGGACUCACAGGACCAAGAUGCAGUGAGACUUUCUGUAGAGCAGAUGGUCUGUACGGGUCAUCCACCGCCGCCAAGAUGGAGGCACACUGCUGCCAUCAUCAGUCAUAAAGGCAAAGACUUUCUGUUUGUGUUUGGUGGAAAGAAUGAGUCAGAGGCAGUUCUGGGUGACGGCCACUUCCUGUGUCUUGACCAGCAGCACUGGACUGAGAUCCCAGCAGAGGGCGCAGCACCACAGGGCCGCCAUUCCCACUCAGCAUGUUCAUAUCAGGGAGGUGUGGUGGUGUUUGGAGGACUGGACAGACGGGGAGUGCCACUGGGGGACACAGUGGUGUUAAGGCCCACUGACCGAGGCUUCUCCUGGGAAAGAAUAGAGGUGCAGCCCCCCCCUGUUCCCAGAUACUCUCAUUGUGCCCAUGUGAUUGGUGAGAGGCUGGUUGUAGUGGGUGGAGUCUGGCUGCAUUCAGAUGGUGUACCGGGUGUUGUGGUGAUCGACCUCAGCACACAGAGCAGUGUGGAGUUCAGUCUGGACACGGCCUCUGUGCCCUGGCCUGUGAUGCUCCACUCUUUCUGCUCUGAGCUGACAGACUCUGAGGAACCCGAGCUGCUCCUGAUAGGCGGGGGAGGGAACUGUUUCUCCUUCGGGACUCAUUUCAACCCUCAGCCUGUCACCGUGGAGCUCAGACCUGCGCUGGGAUGAGAUAUUUCUACGCUCAGAAAUCCAUCGUCUCUGGAAUUACUAUUGAGCCCUGAAGUGUGGGUGUCUAGGUUUGCAAGGACACAUAAUGUUCAAAGACAUUAAAAAAAAACUCUUAAGAAAUGUCUUCAGUCUUCUUGCUGGACAGGUUUUUUAUUUGUGAGACCUCAGAAAAUUAAAGUCCAAUAGUGACUCAAAGUGCCCUGACACAGAUCAUAGCAAGUCUUUUAAUGUUUUGGAUGGAGGUUAAAUCAUUCGGUGAAGCGCCUGAAGGACUGGACUGUAGGACUGGCAGCACCCCAGUCGCCAGGCUUGCGGUAUUCCCCCUUCUCCAGGAAGUACUGGCGUCCACGGUAGUUGGGGUGCUCAUAGAAAACCCACCAGCCGUCGAAGACCUUGCAGGAGUUGACUUCCCUCCAGCGGAACUUCUCCAGAAGGGAGGGGCAGUCCUCUGUGGCCUCGUAGGCCUGGCCCCCGAAGUCUGCCUUCUCAUAGAGCUGCAUCUUGUACUGGGUCCCACUGGUCUGGAAGGUGACGGGACAAAGAGAGGGAGACAGUGGGAGUUUCGGAGCAGGUAGUGGGGGGUUAACAUAGAAGAUAGGUGGAGGUGGUAGUUAGUGCAGGGGGUUGGGAAAGAAAGGGAAUGGAAUGUGGGGCGAGAGAAAAGGGGAAGGGGGGAUAUAUAGGGAGAUGAGAUUUGGAUCUUACAGAAGGAAAAAUGUCUGUAGGGCAACACUAUUUUAAUAAUAACUCGAGCACCGUGGUGAAGUGGCCUUUGUACAGACUGUUCACUCGGACGCCGCCCCUCACUGUUCGCUCUGUUUUUGCUUUUAUAAACAGUACAACACUACAACAUGCUCGUACUAACCACAUUGAUUUUUGUAUGAAAGUGGUGUCCCCGAAUCUGCCUGCAGGCUGUGGGUCCAUUGGACCAAAGCCUGAUCAUACCAAUACGCUGACCCAGGUAUUGGCCUCCAUUGACAAAGCCCUGCAGUCACUGGUAGCAUCAACACUAUAGCAUGACCUCUUUGACAUGCCCCUCCGUUGGUUUCUCACGCUAACCCUCAGUUCAUGAACCUCCAGCUCAUCACUCACAGUCACAGCUGAGGAAGAAUCCUGGUAGAGUUUAGUUUGCAUGUAAUGUUCAGCGCUUUCAACAAGAGAAGUU